GCCUUCGGUGUCCCACAAGACACCAAUGUUCGCACUCUGACAUCUGGCUCUCAGUCUCCACAGAGUCUGGGCUUCCUCUACGUCCCUGAUGUCGCCGCCGUGUGCGCCCAGUCUGUGCCGAGAAAUGUCACGACAUAUCGAGACUUGCCCCCAACCAACUCGAUUGUUGCCAUAGCUCCAUGGCUAUCUCCUUCCUGUACUCUCAGCUAUCUUCAGGCUGCCUCCAAUGACAUGGUUGCUGCCUUUGUCUUCUAUCUACCUGACCAGUCCGAUCCUCCGCUAGCGCCUGCGAAUUCUCCCACCUGGGACUUGGGUGACGGCGGCCACUGGAAGUCUGUUGUCGGAUAUCCAGUCUAUGCCAUCGAUUCAUCCGUCGGCAUCAUGACCAUGCAACAAUUGGCCCUCUAUUCUGGUAACGCUUCUAGUGUGCUCAGCCCUCAAGAACUUGCCGAAUAUGGAAUCGAUGCAGACACGCAUUUGCGUCUUCUGAUUGACAUAAAUUCCAGUAGUAGUGGCGGUACCAACCUCCCUAGCAUCUGGAUCUUCUUACUGAUUAUCCUUGCAAUCCUGAUAUUCAUCAUUGGCGCCCUCUCUUUAACCAUGCACAUCCUUCAGAGGAAGAGACGCAAUGACUUGCGUGCCCGGAUAGCCCGAGGCGAAGUCGAUAUCCAGGCUUUGGGGCUUGGAAAGCUCACCGUUCCUCAGGAAAUCAUAGAUCAAAUGUGCACCUACACACCUUCUGCCGUCGUACCUGCAAAGGGAACAGUAGAAGCUUUGCCUCCUCUUGAGCAGUCUACUUGCGCUAUCUGCUUGGAUGAUUUUACCGAAUCGCAAAGUCAAGUUCGCGAGUUGCCUUGUAGGCAUGUCUUUCAUACCAACUGCAUCGAUCUUUUCUUGCUAGACACGUCUUCCAUGUGUCCUUUGUGCAAGCAGUCUGUUUUGCCAAAAGGCUAUAUCCCUGGAAAGAUCACAAACGCUCACGUCAGAAGAGAGAGAUAUCUCAGACGGAAUGCCGCUCGGCGGGCCCGUCACGCUGCAGCUGGAAGUGAACCGCCUGAUUCCAGCAAUCGUGUCUCUGGCCCACAGGCUUGGGGUUCCGCCAAUGUUAACGGGUCACCUCCCGCACACGCUCCUCCGAUAGAGAUGACAUCUAUAACAGAGCACCAUAGUGCGCACGCGACUCAAAGCAACCCUAUUGCUCAUCAGGGAAGAAGAGAGUGGGCGCGUGCACGCGCGCUAGCCAUGUCUGGGCUUCAGAGCUCUUCUGCAAACGAGGGCGACCCAGAACUGAGGACUUCAAAGGCACGCAAACUUCUGAGGAAAGUGUUUCCAAACUUAUGA